AUGUACUCUAUUUCAGUAUUCAAAAGGAAUAAUGGAUAUGGCGACGAACCUGCUGUUAACGUUGCUGUUUCUGCACCACCACCACCACUUUCCAUACCUUUAGAACAAGCUCCACAACAAGCUGCCCAGUCAUAUGCAGCUCCAGCUGCAGUAGAAUCUAGUGGAUACCGCAAAAAACGUAACAACGCUUAUGGUGAUGAAGCUGUGCCUCCAUCCCCUGCGGCAACAUUAGCUAUGCCAGCACCA